AUGUAAAAAUACUUAUUAAAUGGAUUUGAAGUUUUUAAAAUAUUACCAAUUACUCAUGAUAUCUUAAAAAAGAAAAUUCAUGAAUAUUAUAAUUUUACUGAUAAAGAAGAAGAAAACUUGAGCAUUAUGAUUGAUACUUUAAGAUUAUAUGAAAAAGCCUCUAAAAUUUAAGCUUUAGCAUUGGCAGCACCAUAAAUUGGUUGGGAGAAAAGAUUGUUUAUUUGUGCUGACUUGAAUCUUAAAUAAAGGAAAAAAUCAAAACAUAUAACAAAAGUCGAUGUUUUCUUGAAUCCAGAGAUUAUUCAAAAAUCUAAUGAUUUAAUUUAAAGUGAAGAGAAUUGUCUAAGUCUUCCAUCAAAUGUAUAAAAUGUAUAUUUAUAAUUAUUAGAAAACAGCAUUUGUAAUGAGAUCAAGCAAAAUUGUUAUGAAGUUUUACAAUUUACUUGGAAGCGAACAGUUUGUUGAAGCAGAAGGUCUUUAAGCAAUUAUUUAUCAACAUGAGGUUGAUCAUUUAGAUGGAAUUACUGUCUUAUAAAAAGCAUCUUCUAUUAUUGAGAAUGAUUAAGAGUGUUGA